GGCAUUUCUAAAUCGAUCGGUGUAAUGAAAUGCGAUUUUCGGAAGUCUUUUUGGGUGUUGUGUAUAUCCGGACGUAUCCUCAAUAUAUCCUCAUACCACAUGCGCUUUAAAAAGGUUUUGAGACCCUUUCCUUUUUUUUCAAUUUCUUAAAAUCCCUUGAAAUCAUUUCUACUGCAUAUAAAUCCAUUCUUAUGAGCGUCAUGCUUGACUAAAUUUGCUUUUCAACCAUAAUUGAGUCAAAGGGAAAAACGUUCUGUGGCAUCGUUGGCUUCAAAUUACCAAGGAUACGAAAAUCCGUUGCCACGACUAGUAACUAAAUAUUCCUUUAAGCAUGUUUCACUUUUAGUAUAUCAUUUUUAAUAGAAGGAAUUUUUAAAAAACUAUGACUGAUAACAUCUUAAAUCCUUCAGUUAUAAUAACUUUGGGUAAAUAUGUUAAAAAACCGGCAUUAAGUGAAAAGAUGCUGAAGAAGUCACCGUUUCGUUUUCUGCAUGACGUCUUUAAUGCGGUUAUAAGGGACGCAGGCUUUUUCGCGGGUUUGUACACGGCGGAAGAAUUAAAUUUUGAAAAAUCGUAGAUCGUGAGGGGCAAAUGCGAUUUUUACAAAAAAUGAUUGAUGUUGUUAGUAAGUUGCCUGGUGCUAAUAGGUCUUUGAAUCAAGAACAUGGAUUUAUAUUUGAAGUGGAACAAAGAAAUCUCAUCCUCAGAAAGAAAAUUAUAAUAAACAAACGAAAAUACCAAAAGUUACUAUGAAUAAAUAGAAAAUAUAAGACAAAGUUUAAAAAUGAAUUUAUACUAUUAAAAAACUCGUUUAUAAAUUACUUCCAACGAUAUUUAAUACAAAGGACGAAACAAAGAAAUGCCUUGUGAGAUACAACCUGGAGUCGCUGAGCGCCAGGUUUUGGGCAAAAUAGUCCUUCACAAGUGGCGUCCGACCAAGGACAUAUCUCAAUGAAAAAAAAGACGAUUGUGAAAUAGGUGAAAAUCGAACUAGAGAGAGAAGAAAAUUGCACAAAUGCACAAAAAAAAAAAUAAUGUUUGGAAAAAUCAUAAAAGUUGAAUUGAACUUUGAAAUGGCAAGAAAGUGUUUUGCGAGCAAUACUAUGCUUAAAAUACAAAAAAAAAAAAAAAAAAUUUCUGAUAAAAUUUCCAAGAGGGAAAAUUCAUGGAACAUCUGCAAUUAAAUCAGUGAAUACUAUUCAGAGACAAAACAAAAAAAAUAAACAAGCCAGGUAAAUCAAAUCGUCAAAGGAAAAUCUUAACAGCAAUAAUUUGUGCCCGAUCGCCUUUGUAAGAUUAUUCAAAAACGAGCGCGUAUUCACCAUAAAAUGAACAUAUACGCAAAAAUUUUAGUAGACGACCAAACGCAUACAAGCGAAGGCAACGAAACCAGCCAAGAAGUUCUAGAAAAAAGCAAAUAAUUUUUUUUAGAUAUAAUCAGAGGAACAUUUUAAUAAUUUACUCUUUUCUUACAGAUCCUAGUGAAAAAAAAAGGAUACUGAAACCUAAUUACGUGGGAAAUCAUAAAAACGUUCAUAUACAUAAGAUACUCGUAAGAUAAUAAUAAAGCAAAAAAAAACAAAAGAAAAGGGAAGGAAAAGAAAGCAUAAUAAACAAAAAAUAUAUAU